GGAAGUUACGACAUUUUGAUUGGAAGCAAACAGGAGCUCGCUGGCUGUGAAGUUAACUUUCUCCCUUUCGCGCGCUUCUAAUGUUAAAUCUCGUUAAAGCCACCGAACCGAGGGAUUUAGUAAAUCGGGGAUUUAAGUCGUAAAUCCGGAUUCGGCGCUAUUGUGUUCACCGGCAGCAAUGGCAGAUGUGGUGCAGUACCGCCUUGAGCGGAUGGCCAACGAGCUUGAUGACCUAGAGCGGCGUGGUCUAAUUGAAGUGGAAAAGAUCAGUGACAUCGUCAAGCAGCGGCGGGAAUUCGAGUACCGGCUCCAGCGACCGUCGCCGCUGAAGCAGGACUUCCUGGCUUAUAUUGAGUAUGAGAAGAAACUCGAAGCCUACCGCAAGCUACGAAAGAGAAUGAUCAUCUAUCAAAUGGAGGAGGAUGAUGAACGGGAGAGAGGGAAGAAGAAGAGAAGAAAGAAGUGGAAGAAGUCAAUUUCGGACUUUGCUGGGGUUCUCAGAAUUAUGGAUUUGUACAGGAUGGCAGUGAUGAGGUAUAAAGGAGACUUGGGACUCUGGUUUGAGUACUUGGAAUUCUGCAGGGAGAGACGGCAUGGUCGGAUGAAAGAGGCACUAGGCCAAGCCCUCAAACUUCACCCAAAAGUGCCUGGUCUUUGGAUAUAUGCGGCAGCUUGGGAGUUUGAUAAGAACUUAAAUGUUGUUGCAGCUCGUGCUCUGAUGCAAAGUGGUUUGAGAGCUUGCCCAAACUCGGAGGAUAUGUGGAUUGAGUAUCUAAGAUUGGAGCUUACAUAUUUAAACAAAUUGAAAGCUCGAAAAGAAGCACUUGGAGAAGAUUUGAAAACAUUGGAGCGGGGUAGUGUAGAGGUUAGUCAGUGGAAAGAAGACAACAAAGAUCUAUUUAUGUCCCUUGACACUGGAAACAACGAAGAAAAAAAUGACAAGGAAUCUGAUUCGGAAGGUCAUGCAGAGAAACAAAACAUAUUUUGGCAGUUAGGUUCCAUGGUUCUCGAAGCUAUAUACCAUGAAGCAACAAAGGCUCUUCCAUCAAGUAUUAACUUGCGAAAACGUUUCUUGGAAAUAUUGGGUUCUGUUGAUUUAGCUCACUCAGAUGAACUUAGGUCAGAGAUAUUGAAAGAUCUCAAAAGAGAUUUUUCUCAUGAUGAACAAUACUGGGAUAUGAUAGCUAGACUAUAUAUUUCUGACAUUGACAUGACUAAUGGUGAAGCUAAAAGUGAAGUUCUCUCUAAGUUAAAACAAGCUUUUCAAGUUUAUGAGGAGGCUUUUAAUGUUUUACCGUCUGUCAAGAUGUUUUCCCUCUUUGUGAAGUUCUGGAUUGAUGUGGCAUGUCCUGAGAGUAUGGUGCAUAAUGUUGGGCUUGAAGUUUCGGAGUUCAGUUUGUUUCUGAAUAGAGCAUAUGAAAAAGCUGAAUCAACUGGUUGUCUUAUUGAGGAUCUUGCUUACCAGUACAUUUUAUUCUACUUGCAAGCUGGAAAAAUAGAUAAAGCAAGAAAAGUGGCUGAAAAGCUCAGCAGUGGUAAACUUUCAGAGGCUACCACUGUAUGGUUGCUGAGGAUUUCUAUAGAGAUAAAAUGUCUUGCAAAUAAAACUACUUCCAUGAGUAAUGAUGAUCUCAACUACAUAUUUCAACUCCUUGAACGUGUGCUUAAUAGGUUCUCUCUUUCUAAGGCUGAGAGCUUGUGGUUCAUGGCCUUGAAGGUUUUUUCAUGUCACAAAACUUAUUUUAAAAGAUUGGUGAAGAUUUUAGAGGGAGCUUUAGCCAGAUGUAGCAGUAAUUGUGAAUCUUCAGUUUCUGCUGCUGUCGUGGAUCGAACUCUCCAAAGUGAUGGUAUUCUGAAUGCAAGAGUUCUUUAUAAUGG